ACGAAGCGAGAUGUCUCAUAGCAAUAAAUAAAGAUGAUCGGUGCAGUCCUCGCGCUACUGUCUUUACUUUUAUUUGUCGUAUACCAUGCGUCCACAUGGAAAUUCAAUUACUGGAAAAAGAGGAAGGUACCGUUCUUGCAACCAGCACCUAUCGUGGGGAACUAUGGGCCGUACAUCAUGCAGAAACAAUACGUCGGACACACGGCGCAAGAAAUAUGUGAGAAGUUUCCGAACGAACCAUACUUUGGAGCGUUUUAUGGCACGGAACCAACCCUGAUGGUACAGCAUCCAGAGAUGAUCAAAACGGUUAUGACCAAAGACUUCUAUUUCUUCAACAGCCGAGAAAUAGCUAAUUACACUCACAAAGAAUUAGUCACACAAAGCAUAUUCUUUACCUACGGGGACAAGUGGAAAGUGUUGAGGCAGAACCUGACGCCUAUCUUCUCGUCUGCAAAAAUGAAGAACAUGUUCCACUUGAUUGACAAAUGUGCUCAUGUGUUUGAAAAUAUGUUAGAUCGUGAAUUGAAAACGGAUAAUGAGCAAUAUGUGAGGCCCCUGAUGACAAGAUUUACCAUGGAUUGCAUCGGAUCAUGUGCUUUUGGUAUUGAAACAAAUACAAUGGCACCAAACUAUGAAAAUAAUCCCUUUACAGUGAUGGGAACCCUGAUAUUUUCAGACUCGUAUUACAGAAACAUUAAGAACAUCGGCAGAGCCAUUUGGCCAGCAAUAUUUUACGGUUUGGGGAUGCAAAAUUUUCCAAUUGAUAUUGGUAAGUCGUUCACAAAAUUAAUGAAAGAAGUGUUUGCAGAUCGCCAAAACAAACCUUCAAACAGAAAUGAUUUCAUUGAUCUGAUAUUGAAUUGGAAGAAGGAAAGCUGUAUAACUGGAGAUAAAAUACAGAAUAUGAAAGGAGAUAUAAAUGAGAAAGUAAGUUUGGAAGUUAACGAUGACUUGCUUGUAAGUCAGAUUUCUAGUUUUUUCGCCGCUGGAUAUGAAACUUCAGCUACGACAAUGCAUUACACUUUGUAUGAGCUUGCGAAAAAUCAGGAGGCACAACAGCGAGUAUUAGAUGAAAUAGACGAGUACCUACUACGUCAUAAAAAUAAAAUUGGGUUUGAUUGUAUUACGGACCUGCCAUUUACUGAUGCCUGUUUUAACGAAGUUCUUCGUUUGUACCCGGUUCUUGGAAUUUUGACCCGUGAAGUGGUAGACGACUAUACCCUGCCAUGUGGAGCUGUCAUAGAGAAAGGAGUACGUGUUCAUAUACCAGUGCAUCAUUUGCAUCACAAUCCAGAUUUCUUCCCUGAUCCGGAAGAGUUCAGGCCUGAAAGAUUUUACGGCGAUGAGAAGAGAAAUAUCAAGCCCUACACUUAUAUACCAUUUGGUGAAGGACCUCGUCUGUGCAUGGGCAUGCGAUUUGCAAAAAUGCAGAUGUCAGCUGGUAUAAUGACGGUCUUGAAGAAGUACCGAGUGGAGCUGGCUGCGGACACGCCUCGGAAGGUAACCCAGUUCGAAGCCACGACCAUGGUGACUUUACCAAAGGAGAAAAUCAAGCUGAAGUUCGUGGAGAGGGAAGGCUGGCAGCAGCGUCAAUACAGUGCUUAAACGACCCAAAUCAUCUUUAAGACAACGAGCCUUACUCUGGAGUGGCUACUAAUCAAUAAGAACCUUUUGGUGUUAGCGUUAUACUACGAAUAUCAACAGUGACUAUAAACAUAGCAUUAACAACUAUUGCAUGAAAUUUUCUUUAAGGCAGUUACGUUAAAUCGUAAAACCUUUACAACGUCAGUAUCAGUUUAACAUUCACGGCUUUAAGCUUUUAAGUUCUGAAUGUAUUCUAAUUCAUUUACAAUAAGUCAGACGGAAGUCACUUCGUGUCGAAAUCUGACUCACCCUCCUCACACUCCUCUCCAGAGUGGUGAAGAUGCAACUGGAACUACAGCCAAAAAGAAGGAAUGCCAUCAUAAUACUGAUAUUAGUCUGCUUAUUCUCAAUAAUAAUUUACUUAAUUAUGCAGUUCCUUUAUUGUUUGCCGGUUUACUGGAAGAGAUCCCUUCAUGGAAUAAGUCCGCCAUUGCAAGUGAUUUAUUUAUUUUAUAACUAUGUAAUAUUUCUUGUAAUUGUGUAAAUUUUUGCGCAAUAAAGAUUUACAAACAAACAAACAAAUAAUCUGUAAGUAUAUGAGUGUGACACACACAACCAGAGGUGAAAUGAAGAGAUUGUGGUGUGAUUGGUAUAUACCACCAUAGUUCCGGUUGCAUACUCACCUUUCUGGAGAGGUGCACCUGUAGGUAUAAUUCUGUAUUGGAUAAUUUCGAUUUUUACACAAAGCGAUUCCCGUCUGACCUCCGCAACCUUUACAGGACAUACACCAUAUUGGAUGGUGUGUAGUGUUUCAUAUGAUGAACGUUUUAAUACUGUAUUGGCUGCUCUCGACCUGAUGACCAUCUUGAUGAAUAACGAAUACUACCAUUGGAUAAAUAUCGCGUUUGUUAACAUGAAUACCGAAUGUCGAAAUUAUUUGUUAUCCGCCAUGUUUUUUCGAUACAUAACGAGAAGGUGAUUAUUUUCAAAGACCUAAGAAUUACCCCCCAGGACUUAUAGUUGUCAUAGUCACUACAUCAGACAUACGCUUUUCUCACUGACCUCGAUUCCCACUUGUAAACGGGCACUGCGCAUGAGUCGACAUAAUGUGUCUAUUGGACAAGGAUCCAAUGACUUGCGCAAUUCUAUGUUUGAAUAUUGUAAUCAUUUUAGGGGUUUUAGUAAUAGUUAAUUGGGAUGUAGAAUAGAAUUAAAAUAAUUACAUCUAAAAUUUAUUGUCAUAUUUUUUUACUCUUUUUAAUUUUUAUAAACGCAUGCAUUAUAAUUGUUUUGUUUUUUCGCAAUUCCUUUAACAGUGUAAGAAUCGACCGAAUAGGAUGGCUCAGCGAUUUCCCUUUGCCUUCUAUAAAUUAGUUUUAAUACUAAGACAACGAAAAAUGAUUUUUUAUUGUAAAUAAAAAGCGGUUACAUUUGUA